AUGGAAGAUAAUUGGUCAGCAGAUAAGCAGAAAGAACAUGGCACAUAUACUAAAACUUUAGGCAAGAUUGCAGGCAGUGAAUCAAGCGAAUACCGAUCUAUGGCAGUUUCUGCUUUAAAAAAUUUUCCACAAGAUGUAGAGAAGUUAAAUAGGCGAAAUAAGAUCAACAAUUCAAAGGAAAAAUAUCUUGAUCUCUCGAAGAAUCUAUCUAUGAAAAGCAAGUCUGCUGGAAGUGAGAUCCCAACUCGUUACGAUCGAAAUAAAUCAAAUCAAGGUCAGAAUAUUGUCUUUGAUUCUGGUCAUGAUGAACAAAAGCAAACAAUGCGAGGUGAUACGUUACCUGACGGUGAUGAAACCGGUGAUUGGAUUCCUUCGAAUGAAGCUAAUGAUUAUAGCGACGAUGAUGAAGAGGCUUUGCCUCCAGAAGACUCUCUUUCUUUUGCCCUUUCGAACUCAAAAGUUUGGACUUUGCCUUCGGGAAAAACGUCGGCUAUAUUGCGAUAUGGUGCAUCAAGGAUAAUUGAUUUAUCCGCUCACAUGAAAAAGUGGUCAUGCGAAAACGAUAAAAAGUUCAUUAAGAAAGAUUACGAAGCUUUGUUGCGAGUUCCCGAAAUGAUAGGCGAAGAGAAUUUAUUUGUUCUAAAAGUCGAGGAUUAUUUACAAAAGCAAAGAUCAAGAAGAUAUUUAGAUUUUACUACAAAAGGUGCACACACAGAAGUCGACGUAAUCUUAAAAGCUUGUGCGUACAUUGUUGAGGGGCUUAACAAGAGCCUCACAAUUUAUCCAAGAUGGCAGUGUUGGCCAACUGGACCAAAUUGGACUAACUGGACUUAUAAAACUGGACCAUUGGACUUAUAA